AUGAGAUUCCGGAGAAAGCAAUCCCCGUUGCUUUUACUUUUGUUGCCAUCAUUGGCUCUGGCUCUAUCUCCUGCGGCACAAGACAACAUACAAUCAACUCUCUCGAAAGAUACUGAUGCGCAGACUGGAAAGACAGAUAAGAAUGUCGAUUCGGGAUACGAUGCAUCAUCAGCUGUGGCAGGUAUUGCCGAUAAUAAAGCAAAAUAUGAUGUUGGUACCAAAGAUGCGCCAGUCGACGGUAAAGAUGGAAAACCACAUGCUGGGCCAUUCGUAGACAACACCAAAAAGGAUCCGAAGAGCGAUGCUACAACGGAUGAUAAAACGGAUACCAAGGACUUGAAAGAAUCCAAGGACUCCAAUUCCAAGCUCGAAGACGGAGAAUUGGUCGUGCCACCUAUAGCAAAACCUUCCACACCGAAAGAGGAAAUAAUGCUUGCUGCUGAUGGCACUAAAAUCCCCCAGAGCAAUAACGGAGUUAUGAAUGACCCAGGUCGAGAAUUACCUAAACAUGGCACAACAGGCACGGAGGGAGGUGUGAGUGAGAAAGAAAAGACGCGAAAGGGUCAAGAAAGCCAAACGGGAGAGAAGGUGGAAAAGAAGCCAGCGUCUCCUAAAGAGGCACCUCCAAUACCCCACGAUACCGAACAGAAAUUACAGAUUGAGACCAAAGAUUCGCUGAAGAAGGAUUCGACGACCAAGAAGGAUGUUGAUGGCAAGGAAACUGAUGGCGUCGAUAAUCUCGCUGGAUUGGAUAAACCUACAGAUCUUCCAGACAAGACGAACAAUGCUCCUCACCCAAUUCCUAAUUCGGCCAACAAGGACCACCUAGAUCUUACGAAACCCGAUUCAAAGGCCAUUCCAAAGCUUGAAUUGGAAGGAGAGGGUAACGAUGGUCUCAUUCAGCCUCUACAUUCAUAUCUUCUUUCACUCGCAAUGAUUUUGUGUUCUGAAAUUGGGGACAAAACAUUUUUGAUCGCAGCAUUGAUGGCUAUGAAGCAUGAUCGACUUCUCGUAUUUUCCGCCGCCUUUUCUGCAUUAAUAGCUAUGACAAUUCUAUCCGCAGUAUUAGGUCAUGCAGUUCCUACCUUGAUUCCAAAACGAUUCACGAAUUUCCUCGCCUCGGGAUUAUUCUUGAUCUUUGGAGGACGUUUAUUGAGAGAAGGCCUGGCCAUGAGUCCGGAUGAAGGUGUAGGGGAAGAAAUGAAAGAAGUUGAAAUGGAACUCGAGGAGAAAGAACAUUUGGCAAAACAACAAGGACGACGUCGAUCAUCAGUCUCACCAUAUGCUCUCGAAAUGGGGUUAGGGGGCGGACAACGAGCCAGCACAAGAAAAUCUAGAUCAGGAUCCCGUCUUCCAUCUCCACCAAGAAGCCCUUCGUCAUCACCAGAUAGAUCUCCUUCUCCUAAACGAUCAACAUUGAAAGGUGUUGCAGGCGGCUUGAACAAUCUUCUUUCAUUACUGUUAAGUCCUGCUUGGGUACAAACAUUUGUCAUGACUUUCCUAGGAGAAUGGGGCGAUCGUAGUCAAAUUGCUACAAUUGCUAUGGCUGCAGGUCAAGAUUAUUGGUGGGUAACUGGUGGUGCCGUUAGUGGUCAUGCUGUAUGUACUGGUGUGGCCGUCAUAGGAGGAAGAGCCAUCGCAGGCAAAGUGAGCCUAAGAGUUGUAACAUUGGGAGGCGCAAUCGCCUUUUUAAUCUUCGGAGUGAUAUAUCUCGUGGAAGCGCUAUACUACGCGUAA